AUGCUCAGUGGAAGAUAUACAUCCAGAUUGAGGCGGGUUCUUAGAGUGCCCACCCACGCAGCGCAAUUCUCAUCGAUAAACGCGUUCGACAGGACACUGCAGGUGAAAGAGCAGCCAGAAGACAGGGAAGUCAUGGCAUUAGAAAACAAGCAAAACCUUGCUUUUGAAACUUUCGUUGCUGCUCAUCGCCCACUCUUCAUUUCUGGUCCUGCUCUCCCUUCGAGUGCCACUCCAGCACCGCACAAACUCAACGAUGACCAGAUCGACUCUAUCCUCGACGAUAUCGAUUGUGCUCUCUUUAAAGUCAAGAUCACUGAGUUGGCUGACUACAGGGGUGCUCUCGCUAGAAUCGGCCUCGGCGAAAGCCUCCAAAUCGAGCUCGACAGCGUAAAGAGGAAGAGAAAGAAGAAAAUGAACAAGCACAAGUAUAGGAAACGUAGGAAGGCACACCGUGCAGAAAGGAAGCGACUCGGCAAGUAA